CAAAAAACAAACGAAACGUAGAAGUAGAAAGAAAGAAAAAAGUGACUUGAUACCCAAACAAACAUCGUAAAAGUGUUUUUUCCUAAAAACCUGAAAUAAUUUGCUUCUUCACUGGAGGAGGCAUGUCUGAAAGAGUAAUCCUUAAUAAAAAUCAAGCACAAAUCGACGGAAUAUUAGACGGUUCUCAGAAGCUGUUACAAAUAUUAACAACAGAAAGUCGUCCAUCUAGUGAAUUCAACGAGUUUAUAACUCCUCUCCCAAACAUGGUGAUAGGAAGCGAUGGGCGCUUUGCCUAUACAAACCAUCUACUCAACCCUUAUGAAAGAGAACAUUGGUGGAUACCAAUGGAUCAUUGCUAUGCCAGACCGUGGAAUUGGCGCCCUGAAAGUACAUUUUUGCGCCCCACGAAGACGCUUUUUAUGCCGAAAGUACCGUCAAGCAGAAAAAAGACAACAAACCCCUUGGCGCCUAUACAGGAAUGUGAUGAUGUUGUAGACGUUGUUACAGAUAGUGAAGAACCUACACCAAUUUAUGAUAAAGUGAAAGCUAAACAUUUAAUGGAAGAAUGUGAGAAACAUGCAGCAAUGGCAAGAGUUGAUGAGGGUAAUGACGACUGGGAAGAAAGCGUUUCAAGGUUAGUUAGGCUUAACUGGACCACCACACAAAAUAGAUUAUUCAACGGAGUUGUCAGUAUUUUAAAUGCUGAUCACUUAGCACGUCUAGCACAUUCAAAUUCACAUAAUGAAGCUAUAGCCAGGAGAGUUACAAUUGAUAAAUCUGUAGAAAGAAUGCGACGAUUAAUGGCCACAGUUUCAUGGGAUCCUAAAUAUACACAGUGGUUGCAUCAAAUUUUAAUUGACCAUCUUAAUACCUCAUACCUGGCUGCAUAUCUUGAUAUACUUCAAACUCUUAGGUCCAAGUUACCAACAUUCGUUGAUAAAAUGAUGGGUGCCGCAAAUUCUAGUAAAUUAAGUAUUUUAAGUUACGAAACCCUCUUUCCCCUAUUGAAACGACCUUGGGAUCCUGUUGCCUUGAGCUUAAUGCAGGAUAAACCAAAAAAAUUACCCGGAAAUCCUGUCAUUGUGGUAGUACCAUCUACACCUAUUUCGUCAAAAAGAAUGUUAAAGUGGAUCAGUUUGUUGUCUAAUUUGGCCACCGUGAUUACAGUGCCUGCAAAUUACGGAGGCGGACUGCACAAGACGACUAUGAUGAAUUGUGUGGAUCAAAUGUUUGUUAUAACUAGAAACAAAAUCCAGGACAUCCGGCUGGAUUAUCCAGGAAGAAGUAUCGUUUUGGCCGGUUUUGGGUUUGGAGCAACUCUUGCAUUGCAAUUAGCUCAAGUCGAGCAAGUUUUAUGUGUCAUAAGUAUUGGUUUUUCACUUUUAACGGCUGAUGGUAAAAGAGGCGAACCCGAUGAUAAUUUAUUAGAAUUACAAUGUCCUGUUCUUUUUGUAAUUGGACAAUGUUCAAACACUUCCUUGCAAGAAGAUAUGGAAGAUUUAAGGGAAAGAAUGAGGGUGGAAACCGGGUUAAUUGUGGUUGGGAAUGCCGACGACAAUUUACGUGUGAGUAAGAAGAAGAGAAAAUCUGAGGGUAUAACUCAGAGCAUUGUUGACCGAUGUGUUGCUGAUGAAAUUGGGGAAUUUAUAAGUGGAGUAAUUUUGUCUCCAUACCCUCCACAACUUAGACAGUCUCCCACUAAUCUAACUACAGAGGGGCUUGUGUCCAAAAAAUUAAAAUCGGAAAGGAAGAGGUAUAAUUCUAAUACAAGUUCCAUUGACAGUGAGCCUCCAUCUCCAACUCCAAGGAUAAGUAGACCAGGUCAAAACAAUUCUCACUUGGGACGUCCACCUGGGUCGAAGUCCAAAGCAAAAAUGGAAGCUAAAUGGGCAGCGCAAGGUACCACCCCAUCUUCUCCUAGUAAUAGCCCUCCUCACUUAUCCAACACACCUGACACAUCUUCCAAUGACAGUAUCCUUACAGACAAAUUAUCUCUUAACAAUCCCGAUUCAUUCCCCGCCGUCAAAAAACUUAAAACUUUAAAACCAACAGUCGUAUCACCGGAAAAAGCUACAAUUAAUCAACACACUUCUUUAGCAAUAUCAAACCAAAAUACUGCAAAAGCCAUGGGACUGCAAAAUAGAUCAUUGUCCGGUUUGUUACAAGGCGACGUUUCAUCGUUAAUGCAAUCGAAGUCAAAUUCGUCGGGGAUCAGAGUUUUAGAAAAUGUGAAAAUAACGGGCGGUUUAAAUCCGAAAUUUUUCUCAAAUAACGGUAAGAUGAUAGAUAUGUCCAAAGUAUCAGUGAUUAAUCCAAAAUCAAAUAAUGUGAAUUCGUUAGUUUUGUUACCUGAUGGUAAAAUUAAGAGUUUUGCACCUAAUAUUAAAAUACCAGGAGGAAGAUACAUUACUUCAAAACGGCAAUUGUUGGGUAAUAGGCCACCAAAGUCUGUAAAAAAGGUGUCAUACAUUUCACAACCAAUGCAAACCAACCUAUCUCCUCCGACAAAUCUAACAAGUCAAGACAUCAUGAAUCUGCCUAUAAUAUUCGCAGACGAUAACCAAAUUCUAGACAACACUCUCACUCAAACAGUACCGUCAUCACCAAACUCAAAAAUACUUUCUGCCAACUCUGGUAGCAAGUUUAUGCUCAUAAAUAACAAACCAAGCAAUUUUAUCAUAUCUCCAAAUCCUAAAUCAACCAAUGUUACACAACCCGCGAAAGUUACACCAAAGUACACGAAAAUCAUCCUUUCAUCAAAAAGAACAACCGAACAAACACCUACGACCUCAAGCGUCGUGAAAAAAAUAACAAACUUGCCAUCGGAAAUAUCGGUUAGAAAAGUAAAUCCAAGUGAAACAUCAACAGCUAGCCAAAGUGAAGAAUUGGAUCUAGAAAAUGAAAUUGUGGCUAGUACUUUGUUCAAAAGGAAAGUUGAAGAUACUGAUGCUGAAGGUUUGGAGAUUGUUAGUAAUAAACCAGAAGAAGCACAAAUGUCCACUGAAGGAGAAUCCCUCAAAAGAACAGCGAAUGAAGCGAACAUUGAUAAUGAAGAUGAAAGCACGCCUAGUAAAGUUUCAAAAGUAGAAACCGCUUGAAUUAUUUAAAAACCAAAUAUGUAUAAUUUAGUUUGUUACAUGUUAAAUAGGUUUAUUUAUUAAAAAAUCAAAUUUUGAUA